AAACGUGUGGAAAGGGAGGUAAUAGUCUGACCCAACUCCAAUUAAUUGUACUUCCGGGUAAAUAGUAAAUAUCGCGAAUAAUUUGCGAUUGAUAAUUUAUCUAUAUUUGUUUCAGCAGAACAAAAGAGAAGUUGUUUGAAUGGGAAAAAAUGAUUUUUACAUGUGAUCGUGACCUAAGAUUUGUAUAAUUAUAGUGAAAGGAAUCAAACAUACAUGUACAUAUAAGAAGGAUGAUGUCAGCAGAAUAUUUGAUAUCACUUCCUGUUCUUCUUGUCUCCAUAGUAAUCCUGGUUGCAGUGGUGAUUGUUCUGUUACAGUGCGUUUGUGGGAAAAGGAAAGAUAACUCUGAACCAAAGCUGACACAAGCACAGUCUAAACAUGCUUCUACAUAUCUGGAUGCUGACACUUUGUGCAAGAUGUCAGAACAAACAGAUAUAAGUGGUGGAGGUGGGCAUGUUGAUGUAGAAACAAGUGUAACUCCACUCAACAUAUCUAUCGGGUCACAUAAUGGCACCUUGCACAGUCGAGGCAACUCAGUUGAUCUCAAUAAAGCAGACAGGAGAAGUGGUACAAGCUCUGGAUCUUCCCCUCGUCCAACAACUUUAAGUCGAGAACUUCCUGACAUUCCAAUACACAAGACCAAAGAAAAUCGCCAUCACUCUGCAUUACCAGAAAUACCAGCAUAUACUGAAAGCCAUCAAAAGGGAGAUCACUCUACAUUACCAGAUGUACCAAAUUUGAGAAAUCCUGUUAACUCUUUAGAACCUCAAAGAAAAGGAGCACAUUCUCAUUCACAAUUGCCAGAUAUUCCAGUAACCACCCAUGGUAGUUUAAGUUCUUCACCAGUAGUUCAUAGAGAGAAUGAAAAUAUUGCAAAGUCAAUAGAUUCCAGUAAAACAAUGAGAGAAAAGUUAAGUGGAAUGGAUGAUUAUGAUCACAUUGAGGAAGCAACUAAGAAAAAAGUUCGCCCAAGAUCAGAUUAUGAUCAUGUAGUGAUUGAAGGUGGUGAAAAGAAAAUAUUGUUAUCCAAAGAUAAACUCAAUGAAAAUGAUUAUGCAGAAGUGAAAAACAAUGAAAUGUAUGAGCAAGUUACACAAGAUGUCAUGGUUAUACCAGUAUCUAAACCAUCAUGUACCUCUCACAAUAAAAGCUUACAAAAAUCACCAACACACAAAGUGACUGAGACAAAUAGCUUUGAAGAUCCCUACAACAAAAUUAAAGGAGAUGAUACACCAUAUAACAGGAUCAAAGAUGAUCCUCCAUAUAAUAAGAUUAAAGAAAGUGACCAACCGUAUAAUAAGAUUAAAGAUGAUCCAUAUAAUAAGAUAAAAGUAGAUGAUCCAUAUAAUACUGUAAAAGAUGAUUUAGAUGACCUUGACCCUUAUAAUACAGUCAAUGAUGGGUCAGGUAGUGCAAGGUCAAGUGGGAGAAAGAAACCAAGAAGCACUAGUUUUAAAGGACAAGUUUAUGAUCCUUAUGCUAUGGUUUUAGAUGAAGAAAGAAAUGUGUCAAAUCAGACUGACCCAUAUGCUAGAGUUGGUGAUACAGAAAGUGAACUUGAUGAUCCAUAUAAUAAGGUUGUGGAAGAUGUUGAUGUAAAUGAAAGUAUUAGAAAUAUUAAUCCUAUACCUGAAUAUGGGGAUGACGAUUAUGCCACAGUGAACAAAGCAGGGGAGGUUGAGUAUGCCAAAGUGAACAAAUCAGGUAAAUUGAACAAUUGUGAUAGUGGACAAAUGACACACACUCCACCCUCUCCAAGAGAAGAAAUUAUUCAGGAUGAAUAUGCUACAGUUGUAAAAGUGAGGAAAUUAAGUGCUGGAAAUUCAUCUGCUGGUGCUAGCAUUUCCACAGGUGAAGGUAUUACUAAUACAGUUAAUGUGAUAUCACAAGGGAGUAUUGUUCCUACAGAGAUAGCAAACACAAGUGGUGCUAGUGCAUUAACACCUCCAGAGCCUCCUAGAGAUUAUGAUGAGUCGAGGGAUACAGAUGGCGAUCAUUAUAACAUAGUAUCAUUAGUUUCUAGAGAGGUGUCGACUAAUUCACAAGGUUCAAAGAAAGAGCCACCUUAUAACAAGUUAAGUGUACGGGAAUCAUUGGCUAGUAUGAAUGCACGAGCAGCAAGUAAUACAUACGAAUAUGUAUCAGAAGUGGACAAUUUAUACGCAACAGUUGAUGGUAGUUCUGGAGAUGGAACAGUGAGACGGCAUGCUCAGCCUGAUGUCACAGAUACUCAGACCACAGACUACAAGACUAAAAUAAAUGGUAAAUUGUUUUAUAUUUGUGAACUGCUAAUGGAUGUUUAAGAACAUUAACACCAUUUGCAAUGGCAUAUAGUCAUAGACUUGUGUGCAGAAGGCAAAGGGGGUAUUAGAAAUGGUCUCUGUCUGUGCAUUAGUGCAUCCAUGCGUUAGUGCGUCGAUCCAAAUUUGUCCAGAGCAUAACUCCAAAAUUACAAACUUCAGAGCACAUCGGAUGGAAGUUCAGUGUGCAAUUUUAUCUAUACCUUGUCUUCUUUUACAGUUAUUUCCCUCUAUCAGGUUUACAUGAAAACUUUGUCCGAAGCAUAAGUCAAAAAGUACUAGAGAAUUUCUUCAAAUUUAAUACACUGACAUAGUACUUUGGUAGGAAGUGCAGUGUGUAAGAACAAUUACUUUUUCUUGCCUACUUUAAGAGUUAUUCCCCUUUAUCAGAUUUACUUGAAAAAGUUUGUCAGGAGCAUAACUCCAAAAGUACAUGAUACAUUCAUACACUGACAGAGCAAUUUGGUAGAAAGUGCAGUGUGCAAGAACAAUAACUGUACCAUACCUUCUUUUAGAGUUAUUCCCUUUUAUAAGAUUUACUUUAAACAAGAUCCUGAGCAUUAUUCCAAAUGUACAUGAGUACUUUUUAGCUCACCUGUCACAAAGUGACAGGGUGAGCUUUUGUGAUCGCUUUUCGUCCGGCGUCCGUCCGGCGUCCGUCCGUCCGUCGUCCGUCCGUAAACUUUUACUUUAAAUGACAUCUCCUCAUAAACCACUAAGCCAAUUUCAUCCAAACUUCACAGGAAUGUUCCUUUGGUGGUCACCUUUAAAAAUUGUUCAAAGAAUUUAAUUCCAUGCAGAACUCUGGUUGCCAUGGCAACCGAAAGAAAAA